AUGGAUAGACAGCGCAUUGGUCGUCACAAUCAAGAAAGGCAACACCAGCCAACGGCACUGUCAUUCACGAGUGAUGGGCAGGGGAGCAUGCACGGUGAUGGGCAGGGGAGCAUGCACGGUGAUGGGCAGGGGAGCAUGCACGGUGAUGGGCAGGGGAGCAUGCACAGUGAUGGGCAGGGGAGCAUGCACGGUGAUGGGCAGGGGAGCAUGCACGGUGAUGGGCAGGGGAGCAUGCACGGUGAUGGGCAGGGGAGCAUGCACGGUGAUGGGCAGGGGAGCAUGCACGGUGAUGGGCAGGGGAGCAUGCACGGUGAUGGGCAGGGGAGCAUGCACGGUGAUGGGCAGGGGAGCAUGCACGGUGAUGGGCAGGGGAGCAUGCACGGUGAUGGGCAGGGGAGCAUGCACGGUGAUGGGCAGGGGAGCAUGCACGGUGAUGGGCAGGGGAGCAUGCACGGUGAUGGGCAGGGGAGCAUGCACGGUGAUGGGCAGGGGAGCAUGCACGGUGAUGGGCAGGGGAGCAUGCACGGUGAUGGGCAGGGGAGCAUGCACGGUGAUGGGCAGGGGAGCAUGCACGGUGAUGGGCAGGGGAGCAUGCACGGUGAUGGGCAGGGGAGCAUGCACGGUGAUGGGCAGGGGAGCAUGCACGGUGAUGGGCAGGGGAGCAUGCACGGUGAUGGGCAGGGGAGCAUGCACGGUGAUGGGCAGGGGAGCAUGCACGGUGAUGGGCAGGGGAGCAUGCACGGUGAUGGGCAGGGGAGCAUGCACGGUGAUGGGCAGGGGAGCAUGCACGGUGAUGGGCAGGGGAGCAUGCACGGUGAUGGGCAGGGGAGCAUGCACGGUGAUGGGCAGGGGAGCAUGCACGGUGAUGGGCAGGGGAGCAUGCACGGUGAUGGGCAGGGGAGCAUGCACGGUGAUGGGCAGGGGAGCAUGCACGGUGAUGGGCAGGGGGCGCAUGCACGGGGAGCAUGCACGGUGAUGGGCAGGGGAGCAUGCACGGUGAUGGGCAGGGGCGCAUGCACGGUGAUGGGCAGGGGAGCAUGCACGGUGAUGGGCAGGGGAGCAUGCACGGUGAUGGGCAGGGGAGCAUGCACGGUGAUGGGCAGGGGAGCAUGCACGGUGAUGGGCAGGGGAGCAUGCACGGUGAUGGGUAGGGGCGCAUGCACGGUGAUGGGCAGGGGAGCAUGCACGGUGAUGGGCAGGGGAGCAUGCACGGUGAUGGGCAGGGGAGCAUGCACGGUGAUGGGCAGGGGAGCAUGCACGGUGAUGGGCAGGGGAGCAUGCACGGUGAUGGGCAGGGGCGCAUGCACGGUGAUGGGCAGGGGAGCAUGCACGGUGAUGGGCAGGGUAGCAUGCACGGUGAUGGGCAGGGGAGCAUGCACGGUGAUGGGCAGGGGAGCAUGCACGGUGAUGGGCAGGGGAGCAUGCACGGUGAUGGGCAGGGGCGCAUGCACGGUGAUGGGCAGGGGCGCAUGCACGGUGAUGGGCAGGGGAGCAUGCACGGUGAUGGGCAGGGGAGCAUGCACAGUGAUGGGCAGGGGAGCAUGCACGGUGAUGGGCAGGGGAGCAUGCACGGUGAUGGGCAGGGGAGCAUGCACGGUGAUGGGCAGGGGCGCAUGCACGGUGAUGGGCAGGGGAGCAUGCACGGUGAUGGGCAGGGGAGCAUGCACGGUGAUGGGCAGGGGAGCAUGCACGGGGAGCAUGCACGGUGAUGGGCAGGGGAGCAUGCACGGUGAUGGGCAGGGGAGCAUGCACGGUGAUGGGCAGGGGAGCAUGCACGGUGAUGGGCAGGGGAGCAUGCACGGUGAUGGGCAGGGGCGCAUGCACGGUGAUGGGCAGGGGAGCAUGCACGGUGAUGGGCAGGGUAGCAUGCACGGUGAUGGGCAGGGGAGCAUGCACGGUGAUGGGCAGGGGAGCAUGCACGGUGAUGGGCAGGGGAGCAUGCACGGUGAUGGGCAGGGGCGCAUGCACGGUGAUGGGCAGGGGAGCAUGCACGGUGAUGGGCAGGGGAGCAUGCACGGUGAUGGGCAGGGGAGCAUGCACGGUGAUGGGCAGGGGAGCAUGCACGGUGAUGGGCAGGGGAGCAUGCACGGUGAUGGGCAGGGGAGCAUGCACGGUGAUGGGCAGGGGAGCAUGCACGGUGAUGGGCAGGGGAGCAUGCACGGUGAUGGGCAGGGGAGCAUGCACGGUGAUGGGCAUGCACGGUGA